AUGUCCGUACCACCUGAAAAUGGUAGUUCCUUCACUGCUCUUUUUCAACUUCUUGAGAAUCAAUCUGCGUCGCUCCUAAAUUCGCCGGAUUCUGAGGAAGCUCCGACAGAGAUUUCAAAUGCAGUUUGGUGUAACAGUCGAAUCGAUCAUCACAAACCCGACAAUCUUCACUCACUGAAUUGCAUUCCGCCAUUUCCGUCUUACACCGCUCUACUUGACCAAGUUUCAAGGUUCUCAGUCUUCUCGGUGGUGGUGGUGAUUUGUGGUUGUGAGACUAGGUAUGAGAUUGCACCUCCAAUCAAUUGGGGCAUACGAAUAGUACCUGAAAAGAAGGCUUAUGUUGUGGAACGGUUUGGAAGGUAUGUGAAGACUCUGACUCCUGGUAUUCACUUGUUGGUUCCAUCGGUGGAUCGGAUUGCGUAUGUGCAUUCUUUGAAAGAAGAGGCGAUUCCGAUUCCGGAUAAGUUUGCUAUCACGAAGGAUAAUGUUAGAAUCUUGAUUAACGGAGUGCUUUAUGUUAAGAUUGUGGACCCUCUGUUGGCAUCCUAUGGUGUUGAGAAUCCAUUGUAUGCGGUUAUUCAGCUUGCACAGACCACUAUGCGUAGUGAGCUUGGAAAGAUUACAUUUGGCAAGACAUUUGAGGAAAGGGACACUCUGAAUGCGAAGAUAGUGUACUCCAUUGAUUCAGCUGCAAAAGAUUGGGGUCUGAAGUGCCUUCGUUAUGAAAUAAGGGACAUAAUUGUUGCUCGUGGAGUUAAGGCAGCUAUGGAGAAAAAGAGAGCUGUAGUUCUUGAAUCAGAAGGAGAACGACAGGCACAUAUUAAUAUUGCUGAUGGGAAAAAGUGUUCGGUGAUCCUUGCAUCAGAAGCUUCAAAGAUGGACCAGGUUAACAGAGCACAAGGAGAAGCAUCAGCUAUCUUUGCCAGGGCACAGGCAACAGCUGAUGGAAUUGUGAAGGUGUCAGAGGCCCUUAAAGAGCAUGGUGGAGUAGAGGCACCAAGUCUAGAGCAAUACCUCCACGCAUUCGGCAAUAUAGCCAAAGAGGGCACAACAAUGUCGCUUCCUACAAAUACUACAGAUCCUGCCAGCGCAAUGGCUGUAGCUCUCCAGAUGUAUAAGAACAUGAUUGGUGCCGAGUCUGCUGGCAAUGCACUUCAUCAGAUCUCCCCCCCAGAAUAUGAAGGAAAGAUGAAGAAUAUUACUCCCUCAGAUGAAAGUAGGAAUGAGAGUAAAGCAUCUAAUGUAGACCCUGUAGGUGAACCGACGUUUUCCCUCCAGAGCUCCAAGAAGGAUAAUCAAAGCUCAUCAAUGCAACUGAGCUCAUUCAGUAAUGGAAAGUUCUGUGCUGACAAUGGGAAAGUAGUUCAAAUCUAUGCCUCCCAAAACUUCGCUUAAGCUGGUCUAAUUCUGGGCUUUUCUUUUUCUUUUUUCUUUUUAAGAGUGAAUUCUUAUUGCACAUGCGCUGUGGAGGUGAAUAUGAUGUCAUUUUGGUAACUAUUACAAGAUUUAGAAGAAGAAGGAAUUGAACAAUAUUGUUUUGUUUUUUGCCAACUCUUUAUGGAUUCUCCUUUUUCCCCAGAUUAACAGGGAAGACUUAAUUAAUUGAAGUUUGCUCGUGUGUAUUCUUGUUUGAUA